AUGCAUUGUCUCUCGAAAAGUCCUGGAAAUCUCAACGGACUUGAAACGCACCUUCUCAAACAACAUUUUUCCCAUCAGAACUCGCCACAUUCAUCCCUGCAACCACAAACCAAAGCAAUCACUCCCCCAUUUGCCAAAUUACCACGCCUCAAAAAACCCCCCAACUCAACACCUCCUCAAACGCCCUCCCACCUCCUCCGUCCCACCACCGCAGCAAUCCCACCCAUCAGAACAAUCACCACAUAUCUCGUGAGCAAUCUCCUCAAAAACGACGCCAUCCGCCAAUCCAUCACUCCUUCACAAAUAAGUUGUCUCACCAUCCCCGCCACGAUCCCCGCGCUCACCCCGCUAAACGAUGAUCCUACUGUGAAGAUCGUAGCACCAGGUCCAAUCAACUUAACAAACUUCCAUGAUGAACUUGCUACUUCUUUCGCAUAUCGUAGAGAAAGAAAACUUCGCGACGGAUCCAAACUUGAACAAGACUCUUGA